CGCCCUGGCUCACACCCACAGCCCUGCUGCUGCCUGCACCGGGGAGGGGCACACCGGAGCCGCAGAGAACCCCGGAUGCGAUGUGACCGCCCGGACACCGGUCUGUGAGGGGAGCAGGUUCCUCCGUUUCAAUCUGUGCAUUCCUCAUUUAACAAGUCUAAGCCCCACCGGUCCUUAGAUGCAACAGGAGGAAAAUCCCACAUUCCCGCCAUGUAUUACAACCCAGGUUUCCUCAGCGCCUCUGUGGCAGACAACACACCUGACCCAGGCACAAUGAACGGACAUGAAGUGCUGCUCGCCGACUUGCAGAGUCUUCAGCCCAGCUGUUUACUGAUCUUGAUAAUGACUGGCAAAGUAAUCAUGAACCUAUUUAUAUUCGGGGCAAGACACAAGAAUGUGAGUGCCAGCUUCAUGGGCUAUUGCUGCAUCUCACUUGCCAUUGUUGACUUUGUGCUGUUGUUUGCCAUCUCUACCAUCCACUACUUCCAGGAUUUUACAAUUGUGGGCUUAAGGUUCACCAGUUACCACAUUUGCCUGUUUACACAGAUUAUAUCUCAUACCUAUGGUAUUCUGCAUUUGCCGUUUUUCUUGGCAUCUGGACUAGAUAACUAUUUGACCGUCGUCAAGUCUCUACAUAUCCCAUGUGGUUGUUCAGGACUUCUGUACAUUGCCUGUGUUCUUCUUUUAUGGAGUGGGGCCUUUGUCUAUGUUCUUCUCUCCCCUGUUGGCCCUCCAGAGUGUGAUUUUUACACUAGCUGUCAAAGUUUUUACAUGUCCCUUAGUUUAGUCCUCAUCAUUUGCAAAAUGCUUACACUCUGCUGUUCCGAAAUAGUGACAUUCCUAAAGUCACUGAAAGUAAUAUCGUAUGGAAAGAACACAGCAAUCGUAUUUUCAUUUCAUCUGGGAGAUAGAUGGCCCGUUCAAGGAGGCAAACGUCUCAUAGCUGCUCUUUUGUUUUCUUUUUUGGGCACUUGGAGCCCAUUUGUUGUUCUCCAAAUUAUCAUUCUCUUUUUAUGUGCGCAUAUCCCGGGAUACAUGGAUAUGAAUGUGCCUUGGUUAUAUUUUCUGAACAGCUUUCUGAUAGCAGUAUCCUUUGGACUUAAGAACCCUGACGUACAGAUCACAGAGAAGACUUUUUACAGAGACCCAUUUAUUAGCUGGAAGUACUGUGUUCUGCCAUUUAUGCAAGCUGAUAACAAAGCUGUCUCCACUGAAAGAGGUGCCCACUCCAGUUAUAAGUGUAUAAUCCUGAAAGAGGCGACUUCUCAAGCUAUGAAUGUUUAGGGGGGUAGCUACACUGCGACACUGGUCGUGGCCAGGAUUGCAAAGUAGAGAUGAUCCCAUAGAAAUGAACUGCUGGAUUUCUUGUGACUGGUGCGGAGAUCCCAUUCAUUUCUAUGGGAUCAUCGCUACUCUGCGAUCCUGGCCACGACCAGUGUAACCAUACCCUAAUGCUUUUGUCAAAUGUUAAAUUACUCAGGUUGUACAGAAUAAAGUAUCUAUUUGUAGACUA